AUGACGGGGACACCCGCUCCUCCAGAAACAGGCGAAGGCGUCGACGAGUUCGCGCAGGUGCUCGACACGGGGCUGCGCGCGGCGCUGCAUGCCGCGAGCACCCCAGCAUCACGGAGCAACACACCGCAGGGCCAAGGCCGCACUUCCAGCGUUAUCGGCAGCAGCCGCCGCCAUGCGACGCCGCGCGGUGCGACCGGCCGCUCAGUCUCGACCGUGCGGCGACACCUCGAGGUCGAGCUUAUCCAGCUCCACCCGCAGCAGGGGCUGUACGUGCCCUCGGGCGACCCGCUGUCCCUCCUCGGCGUGGAGGACGGCCUGGCGGAGAGAGCCCAGAUCGACCGCCCGCUCGCGCAGGUCGGCGAGGACGAGGAGAGCGACGGCGAUGAGGAUGACGACGGCAAAGUGACAGUCGAGUACAUCAACGGCGCGACGCCCGACGAUCUCGCCAGCAUUGCGAGCCUGCCUGACGGCGUGGACUUUGACAACCUCUCCGCGGGGAGCUUUGCGCGGCGGAAAGCAUGGCGCAGACCGGACGCACGCUGGAUCCUCUUCUUCGGAAUCGGCGCGACCCUCAACCUCGGCAUCACGAGCAGCUCCCGCGCAGAGCUGUACCUCGACUUUGCGUGUCUGGCCCACCCGCCGCAAACGACAAGCGACGGUGUGAGUGGACACGGGUUCGGGCUGCAGGGGUACGGCGUGAGCGGGCUCGGCGACCUCGGCGACUGGGAGUACGCAGGAGUCUCGAACGCGAGUGCAGUCACGACACAUCACGCCACGACGCCCGUCGAGCCCUCGCCCACUCUGCCAGGCGAGCGUGUCCUCUCCCCUGGUGAGAAGUGGUUCAUCGACGCCCAGAAGGACAUUUACCAGUGGAAGAACCGCAAGAAGACAGCGCCGGCGCCUACACCAGAGCCGUCACAGCCGGCAGAUCCGACACCGGACGUCCCGUCUGGUGGAGACGACCGCGACAUCCCCACACCGCCCGACCCCAACCUCCCCCCAGACCUUCCCCCGCCGUUCCCGCACAUAGACCCAGCAGCAUGCAAGCGCGACCCCGGCGUCCAGCGCGCAGGCGCCCACCUCGUGAUGCUGCUGACCGUGUCGACCGGCCUGCUCUCGGCGCUCACGACAGGGCUGUGGGCGAGCGUGAGCGACCGUAUUGGCCGGCGCAAGGUCCAGUCCGUGGUCCAGUUCGGCAUGUUCCUCAACGACGUGUCGCUGUUCACCAUCGCCAGCUUCCCGCACCUCAUCACGCACAGCUACUACCUGCUGCUGCUCGGCCCGAUCCUCGACGGCAUCCUGGGCGGAUACUCGACCGCCACGGCGACGAUGUACGCUUACAUCUCUGACGUGACGCCCGACGGCAGCCGCGCGUCCGAGUUUGGCUGGCUCGCGACGUCCCUAACGGCGGGGUCGACGAUCGGGCCGGUGCUCGGCUCGACGCUCAUCAGCACAACAGGCAACAUCCUCUCGCCAUUCCACUUCUCCAUAGUGUGCCAGUUCAUCCUCACCAUCCUGAUCCGCUUCUUGCUGCCCGAGAGCCUGAGCCGCGAGGCGCGCAGCCACCUGCGCAAGCGCGCCAACGCGAGCCACAAGGCUGCGUCGGAGCGCGAGGCGGCCGAGCGGGCAUGGGAGGACGCCGACGACCUGGACUCAAGCGACGACGGCUCGGCGUGGUCCCGCGUCUCGAGCGUGCGCGGGCGGACGAAACGGCGCCUGCAGGGCAACCUGCGCCGGUUCGCGCGCAAACUCUUCGCGCCGCUCGCGUCGCUUGGCGUGUUCCUCCCCCAGCGCGUCGACGGCAAGGUCGCCCACUCGCGCCAGGCGUGGAGCAUGACGUAUAUCGGCGUCCUCAUCUUCCUCAACAGCAUCACGAUGGGCGUCGUCCCCUUCAAGCUCCAGUACGCGCUCUUCGCGUUCCAGUGGGGCCCGAGCAUUGUCGGCCCGUACCUGAGCUUCAUCUCGCUCUGUCGAGUCAUCACGCUCGUCGUCCUACUACCAAUCGCGCUCCGCUACGCGAGAUGGCACAUUGCCGAGCGCGAGCGCCGGCGCGUAGCCGCCACGGUGCCUACCGUGCCGACGGAGCGCACGCCGCUGCUGGCGAACAUGAUCCCGGGGACCGCGGCGUUCGACGACGAGAUCGACAUCGAGGAGGCCAUAUUCGGGACGUACACCCGCCGGCCGGACCCCACCCCUCCCCCAGCCCCGCCGCCCCCGCCCCCGCCACCCCCAGCAGAGCCCAAGGAGAACAGCACGCGCUCGCCGGAGAUAGACUACUGGCUCCUCCGCGCAGGCAUGCUCGCCGAACUGGUAGGUUACAGCACGCUCUCGACCGACGUGCCGCCCCUCCAGAGCCGGUUUGUAUCGGGUACGGCGUUCAUCACCCUCGGUAGUGCGGGCAUCGCGAGCGCCAACUCGCUCGCGCUCAACUUCCUCCCCAACAAGGCCGAGACGGGGCGCCUGUUUGGCGCCAUUGCCGUCGUGCACGCCGUCUCGGGCGCGCUCAUCUCCCCCAUCAUCUUCAGCAAGCUCUUCGGCGCGACGCUGCGCUUCUACGCCCCGGCCGUGUUCGCGCUCACGGCUGUCGCCCUCGUGCUCGGGCAGAUUGUCGCCGCGUUCAUCCCGUCCAAGCCUGAGAAGAAGCCCGUCGACGCUGAGGAGAGCGGGGGUGCUAGAUCGUAG